UUUCUCCCAUGGAUAAUAGUGAUGGUGAUCUAUUUUCCGGUUUUCAUGGCUUCAAAAGUAACACCUAUACUUCUCCUACCACCAUUUUUGAAACUCUUCCUCCACCUCACACCUUAACAACAACCUCCACCAAUACCAAUAACAUUAUAUAUCCUCCAAACACCACACCAUCUUACUUUGAUGAUUUUUCUUUAACCCAAGAAAAUAUAUCAGUCAGUUUUUCCCCACUUAAACCAACUGAUUUUAUAGAGCUAGACAAAUUGAAAAUCAAUUUCAAUCCCAACACUAUUAUCCCUUCCCACACCACAACUGCACCCAUUACCAUCACCCCCACCACUACUAUCCUCGCUACCCCGACCACCAUUAAUACUACAAGCAUUCAUGUCCCUACCCACAUAACCACCACUACCAUCACUAACACUAUUAAUCACAACUCUAAUCAAAAAUCCAAUUUUUUUGAUUUCCCAACCGUCAUUAGAGAACGAAACAUGCAACCAACUAAUAUUACUGAGGCAGAAAAAUUUAUACCUAACUUCAAUCCAACAACCAUUAUCCCCAUCCCCAUCAUCAAUAAUCUCACCACAGAUAUUCCCACACCCAUUAGAGCAACCUUCACCAACCCUGACCUUCCAUCAAACAUUUUUAUCCCGAGCUCCACAACCACUACACCUUCUAUCACUACCAUGAUCAACACUAACACUAGUUGUCAUGGAACAAAUAACCAUCCUAUGAUAUAUUAUUUCCCCAAACCCUUUGAACAACAAGAAAUCCAACAAAAUCAAAACAAUCAACUAUCUUCUCUCAAACCCGCCGCUUGCAUUAAAAUCACAACGGCUCAUUUUGAUCUUGCUUACAACCAUCCAUCAGUUUCUAAACAUUAUGCAAGAGAGUGCGAUCAACUACCAAAUCUACAACCCCAAACUAGCUCUAAGAUUUUAUCAAAUACAGAUCCACAAGGAGUGCUAUGCAAAAAUAGGAAAAGGAAGUUUGAUAAUCAGAAGAUAGUAGAAUGGCAUAUGAGUGUAGAGAAGUUGGGUGAAGAUCCAUGGGAAUGGAGAAAAUAUGGACAUAAACCCAUUAAAGGAUCUCAACAUCCAAGGGACUACUACAUAUGUAAUACUUUCAAAGAUUGUUUGGCAAAAAAACAAGUAGAAAAGAAACCAAACAAAGAAAAUAUUUAUAUCGUGACAUAUAUAGGAGAACACAACCAUCCAAAACCCGUUGUAGAUUUUUCUUCGCAUAACAAGUCAUCUAAGAAGAGAUAAUUCAGUGUCAAAAAAUGUGGAUCUUUGUCAAACAUUAGAAACUAAGAUUCUCCGAAUACAAUGAUGUCACAGUUUGACCAAUCAGAAUACAAUAAUGCUCAGGUUCAUCAAUGUCAAUCAAAAGUAAAUUAUGAAGAAGUUGGCUUAUAAGGAGUCGUUCACUUGCUGCUAGAGAAAUCAUAUCAUAACCACAUGUGGCAAACUUAGUUUCACCUAAAUUUAUAAUGCUACAAUUUGAUGAACAUGAGAAGGACAAUGCUCUAAUGACAAAUGCAAUAUUUUGAUUACCAACAUAAGAUCUAUUAGUUGGUAGAGUCUAACCUAAAGAGCUUAUCCUAAUUAAGUAGAUCUUGUUUAGAAUUGGCCUCUAAA